AUGACCAAGGUACUUGUUACUGGUGCCAACGGCUACAUUGCUCAAUGGAUUGUGCGGUAUUUGAUUGAAGGAGGGUACGAUGUCUUAGGGACUGUGAGAUCUAAUGACAAAGGCGACCGCCUCGCCCGCUUCUUCGGCCCCAAAUUCCAAUACGCUGUUGUCCCGAAUAUAGUUGACCCCCAUGCCUUCGAUCAAGUGCUCAAAGAUCAUCCCGAAAUUACGGUGGUUCUUCACACAGCGUCGCCCUUUUCUUUCGAGGUUGAGGAACCUGAGCGGGAUAUUUUGAAACCGGCAAUUGAAGGAACGAAACUGAUUCUUGAUUCGAUUUUUAAUUAUGCCCCUCAAGUGACGCGGGUUGUCAUUACAGCAUCUACUGCUGGUUGUCGUCCUGAAGUGGAACUGCCAGAUAACGUGGCCAAUGAAGAGACUUGGACGUUUAUCGAUUACGACGUCGCCAAAGACAACCUGAUUUUGGCUUACUUGGCGCUGAAGCCCUUGGCGGAGAAGGCAGCCUGGGAUUUUGUCAAGGAGAAGAAGCCUAACUUCACCUUAACAACGGUAUUGCCUGGUUACACAUUUGGUCCUCAAUGCGAUCCAGAUGACGCAAAGAAAGUCAAGCUUAACCAGCUGAUGCAAGUGAUCGAUGACUUGCUCGAGCUGGAACCUGAGACCAGAGGUCCCGUUAAGCAUUUUGGCCCCUACAUUGAUGUGCGCGAUGUUGCUAAGGCUCACAUUGCCCCAAUCACUGACUCAAAACUCCAUGGUGAAAGAUUACUUUUGGUAGACCGCCGGUUUACCAUGCAAACUUUAGCCGAUAUCGUCAAUCGCGAAUGGCCAGAACUCAAAAUUUGGAAAGGUCACCCAGGUGGUGACACGUAUAAGUUACGGAAAUUGGGCAAGUACGAUGCAAGCAAAACGAAAGGGCUUUUGGGAUGGGAAUUUAUCGAUAUUGGAACGUCGGUGAAGGACUCUGUAAGCCAGUUAUUCCGUGCUCGCGGAAGUAAAAUUUGA